AUGGUGGCUCCUGGCAAUCGCGGUUGGGGCGCUCCCAAUGCGCAGCAUGGUGCUGCAGCCAUGAACAGCAUCGACGAGAAUACCAAGCUUUUUCAGAAAUACCUGCGGGACACUGCGCCUGCGCCUGAGAAAAUGAACAAGAAGAACUCGUACCCACGUGUCCAAGGUGGUCUGCCACCCCAUCUCUUGAAGGUGCGGGAGGAUGGGCACGAGCGUACGCCUCCUGAUACUCCCAGAGCAACCGUGCCUGGCAGUCCAUCUUAUGCACAUGCUUCUGAUCGCCUGCACGGCACGUCUUCCUGGUCAUCGCAGGCAGUCGCGGCUUCCGAACUUACUCCUGCCGCUUCUGUCCACCCACCACCCUGGGAGGACAAUUUACGCGACCGACAGAUGGUGGUUCCGGAGCGAGCGUUGCCUCUGACUCCAACGGAUCAAGACACAGCGUCCUCUCAUCCAGUCCGCCGGUCGAACGACGCCAUGCAUCCUGCCUUGCGGAGGGCCCUAAAUGAGCAGGCGCGUCUUCGUGCACUGAGCAGGCCUGUGGUCGCAUCUCCUGGUGACGCUCGGCUCGCCAUCCGCCACCCUGGCCAGGACAACCGUGCAGCUCAGCCAGCGGACUCGGCCCAGCAGGUAGAGCAGUCAGGCCAUCAUACUCCCAAGAUCCACAAAAACAAGUGGCGGCCCAAGCACAGUUCGUGUUGGGAGUCUCAGUCCCUGCCAUCUUCGGAUUUGUCUUCCAACUUCGACAGUAAUGAGGCCAACAUUUCCUUUGAAUCUGAUCAGUCCAACGGAGGUACUCCCUUCAAAGACAUUCGUGGCAGCAUCGCUGACGAGCUUGACAUCGUGCCCAAAAGUGAUGGCACAGGAUGGGUUAACAAGCACGCCUGGAAAGAUUACCACAGCCCCCCGGGAAGCGAUAAGGACGGCUCGAAUGGCACCUUCGACAAAGGCUGGUUGCCUCAGUACUGCAGUGAUUGGGUUGCAAGCCUGCCGGACACUCCUCCGCCUCUAGCUACUCUCCUACACGACGAUGCUGAGACACAUUGGGAGCGCGAUAUCAACCCAAUUGACGGUAGGCCGAUGUCACCUGUCGACUAUCCGCAAUCUACAGUCAAUCCUCAGGACCCUAGUACUCGAGAGGAGCUGGUUCGCCGCUUGUCGGGCACUGCUGAAAUCAGAGUGACCAUGGAGGCCGAAAAGCUGCGAAAGCGCAUGAAGCAUCGGGAGAAGAAAGAAGAAGAACGGAGCCAGCGUUAUCUUGGUCCCAGGUGGAAGCGCGUGAGCGCCUCACCCAUGCCGAUGGGCCCUCCCAACGCGCUGGGGCACUUGUCUCAUGGAUACGAGCAGCCACCUGACCAAAAUAACACAGCGCCUGUUGAGUCUCGGCGAGCAGACCGACGAGAGCCACGCAUUCUCUGCUACCUCCGACCUGUCGAGCGAGAUGAUCUGCACCAAAUUCUCGACAUAUACAAUUGGGAAGUGGAGCAUGGCCGCCAGGCGUUGGACGCCAAGCCUUUGGUCCUCGGAGACAUCCAUCGUCUGUUCGCAGAAAGCGAUGCAGCAGGGACACCAUUCAUUGUCGCCGUGAAGGGGACACCGCCGCUGUCAUCCACUUCCCGUGGAGGAGAGUCUGCGCUUGUGCGUUUCCGCGGCCCCUACCAACAGCCGAGACAAUCAGGCCCUUACGGGGACAGCCAGGCUAUGCCGACCACUUCGUCUUCUGACAAGAUUCUGGGAUUUGGCUUGAUCACACUCCCGUCGGCGGGCUUGGCAGGAAACGCACAUACCAGCGUCGGCCGUUUCAACGGAAAAGUCCACUUCUAUGUCGAGCCCCGGAGCCGCCGCCUGGGUGUUGGCCGCUGCAUCCUGCACAGGCUGCUACGCUGCUGCUCGAAACAAUUGCUCAACGCAGACUGGUACAGAUGGUAUGACCCAUACGACUCUAAGGCCUGUGCUGAGCCUGGCUACAACAUGCGCAAUUAUGCGCGUGUCUUCGCGGAGGUGGCCUCUUUCAAAGGCGAUCCAGACUUCAGUUGGCGUAAGAAGCUCCUUGAGGAAAUGAAAUUUCUCUAUGUGAACACAACAGACCUGACUCGUAAGGUCAUUCAUGAUGCGAAUGGAGGAUGGUUCGACAACACUGUCUGGCAGCAUGACUGUGGUGGACCUGGCGAUAUCCACGAGUCCAAUUGA